GAUCAUGUGUUGAUAAAGAACUCUAGGCAAUUUUCUUACUUGCCUGGUGAUAUAUCAUUAUUUCUAUUCUUUCCGGUAUUAAUGAAUAACGUAUCAAAUUGUUUGUGUAAUAUGAGUUUAGCCCGCAAUAAUCUGCGUAGGUAGAUAUAUUCGAGAUCCCGACAAGUCUUUCUCAACGUUCCUCUUUUAGCCUUCUAGCUCACAUACAGGACUUUAUCAACUCCGAGCGUCAAACCUUUUAUACAUUUUUUUUUUGUGUUGGCAUAUAUUCUAGCCAUGGUUCAAUUAGAAAUAGAAGCACUUGAUGAAGGCUUCGUCAAGUCUAUCUCUCAAUUAUUAUCGGAUGCUGGCGUACCUUCAGUUCUGUGGGGUGAUUAUCUCCUAACUGUGUACGGAGUACCGUCUAUCAUCGGGGGAAUAGAGUUCAUUGUCCCGGAUGAAAAAAUCUCAGCCGCGGUAACCGCGUUGAAAGGAUCCAAUCUGAAAAGAUGCCCGGACCCUAGAUCAUGUGUUGUAUCUAGGGAGCAUACACAACAACCAGCCCCAUCUUUCCAUAUGCAUCUUGGAGUGUCGGAGGUGGAUGUUUCUAUACGAACGCAUUCUGAAACCCUAUGGUUUAUUUCACCCCCUCCUGAAGAUAUUUUCAGCGACAACCAGUCCUUGGCUAAGCUACAAGCUUCACGCUACAUCUUCGCUUCUGACGACUCUAUCCUUCCACGCCCUAGACAUGGCAGGGGUCACGGUGCCUUUUCAAAAGAAGGGUUUCCUGUUAUCGUCCCGACUGCACAUACCAUUCUCGAGGCAUAUAUGCGCCUAUCUAUUGUACAUCGGGAAGAAUAUAGCGGUUUUUAUCUCAGCAUGAUGACCUAUGUUGCAGAAUAUAUCGAUGCGGACGGACUCCUGGAUGACACACAAUUACCGGAAUCAUGCCGCAAAUUCUGGCACGAUUUCAAAGACGGCCGGCGACAAACUAGGGAAAUGAUGAACGAACUCCAGGACUAUUUUGACAAGGAGAGCACGGAAAAACGGCGUGGUGGUCGGUGGUCAAUCGCAAGACUUAUCACUUCUUGGCUUGGCAUAAAUGAUGGAAAAUAAGUAUAUUUUCGAGUAGCCUAAAACAUUACCACUAGCUUAUAAUAGUCUAUAGAAUAGCAAUAUAUUAAUAUUUUUCAUCAGACCCCG